AGGCGAAAAAGUUCCACCUUGACGUCAGUUCAGACCAGCAAUUCAUCAAACCCACUGACAUAGAUUCUUGGGUUCACUUUGCAAUUGAUCAUCAAGUAGAAGACCUUCUUCUAAAUAUGAAUAUCUGAUGGUAUAUGUUGUGGGAGGAUUACCCAUCGUGGAAGGAGUACCCAUUGUCUCCAUUGCUUUAUAAUUGCUCUUCCUUGACUAAUCUAUGUUUGAGAGGCUGUCGUUUCUCAUCCAGCGAAAGUAGUAGUUGGAGUUCGCUUAAGUCCUUGUCCAUUGAAAAUGUGAGUGAUGAUGUGCUUCGGAAGAUUUUGAUGGGCAGCCCUGUUCUUGAAUACUUGAAUUUGACAAGAUGCCACGGUGUAAAAGGAAUUCAUUCGAGAAGUUUAAGAGAGUUGGUAAUUGAUACAAAUGUCAUGGAAUCCCCUCUGCACAUUUCGACUCCUUUUUUGUUGUCAUUGCGUGUGAGAGGGGCUCAUUUUGAUAGGACAAUAAGAAUUAUUGAAGCACCUUCCUUAGUUGAAGCCGAAUUAGAUUUUGAUGUUUCAGCGAAAUCAGAUUGCUGCCUGCUAAAGGAAAUGCUCAAGCUGCAGAAUGCUACUCGAAUUCUUUUUGGUGCUUGGUGCCUUCGGGUUAUGUGGCCUCGGAAGAUAGAAGAUGUACAGGUUUCGCUGCCGAAUUGCAAGUCUCUAACGCUACAGAUGCCCAUUCCUGAAUUCAGCUUUCCUGCUAUAGCAAAUGUGCUAGCAAUUACACCAAAUUUGAAGAAGCUGGUCAUGAUUUUUAAGCCAUCUGAUAGCAGCACCUUCUCACUUGACAUAGACUCCCCCAAUGUUAAUCAUGAGAGCUAUUGGCAUAUAAAGAAGAAGUUCAAGCGUUGGGCUUGGCAUCUCAAGAAUGUUGAGAUUUUUGGAUUUUAUGCUUGUUUAAGGUUCAGAUAUGAGGAAGUGCUCAUGAUGGUAAAGUUUUUGCUCGGACAUGCAUCUGUGCUGGAAAAUAUGGUCAUCAGAGUUAAAAAUCGUAAAUCACAAAAAGAUCUCGAGGUAGUUGAUUCAGGCAAAUUGCUCGAAGUGGCCCGAUGGCUUCAAAGUUAUCACAGAGCUUCUAAGCAUGCUGCGGUUAUACUCAAUUAUCUAGAAGAAGUGCACACCAAGUGGAAAAAGAAAGGAGCUAGAGUAACAACAAAAUGUUUGCAUAUUGACCAUAAGGAUGCCUGAUUGGAAUAGGUAUACUGUAAGCCACAACAUCAACUAGCUUGAUCUGUUGCUGGUAUUGUCUCAUGUAAGUUUUUAGUGUUUUAAAGCAAGUUUUGGGAUAAUAUUUGUUUUCGAAAUUGUUUUACAAGGUUGAGCAGUGUGUAGCCGUGUCGGUUCCUUCUCUAGCCCUCCAUCCUGUAAGAAAGUCCCUAUUCACAUAAGUAAUGUAUUGGAUCCAGUUAUUGAUAGACAUGGCUUGUAAUUAAAAUUUUUUUGUAGAAUUCCAGUACCGGUGCAAUCGAUGGUAAGGUAUAUAUGCUUGUGUUUGUUAAGGACCAUAGAGGUGUAGACAUUAUGCUUGAUGUCAUAUUCAACCAAGUAAUUAACUAUU